AGUGUCACGGGGCUGCCCUACACUCGUCUGCCAUCAUCCGCCACAUAUCACAUGGUGGUAUCUUCAAAAAUAAGUCUGUUCAAAAUUUUAAACAGAUGCAUAAAUAAAACAAUCUUUGUUAGUCAAAUAAUGCCAAAGCGGCUUUCUCACAAGCAGUCGAAUUCACCCAAGAAAAAGUUCAGAUUAAAUUACGAUUCAGUUAAUAUGCCAAAGCCUGUCUGCAUCACGGAAGAUCCAAACCCCCUUCAGGCUGACAAGCCUCAGAAUAAGCCUCAUCCCGUCGAAUCCCUAAAUAUGGCUGAACUGGAAAAAUGUAUUCAGAAAAAUUCUACCACUUGCGAGUACCUCGACACACCAGUCAAGUCUGAAAAUGACAAAAAGGACUACAGAGUUAUCAAACUGCCAAAUGGAUUGACAGCGCUGCUCAUAUCUGAUGUUAGAUCCAUCUCUGCUGAUCAAGUUGACGAUGAUGACGACGACGAUGAUUAUACUGAUGAAGAAGAAAGUGGGUCUGAAGAAAGUGGAUCUGAAUCUGACGAAGAAGUGGAGGAUAACGAUGCUGCGAGUGAUCUGAGCGAUGGAGAUAUUGAUUCUCAUGGGAAUAAACCUCCAAGAAGAGAAGAGAAAAUGGCAGCCUGUGGCUUGUGUGUUGGAGUUGGUAGUUUUAGCGAUCCCUCUGAAAUACCGGGUAUGGCACAUUUUUUGGAACACAUGGUGUUCAUGGGCUCUGAAAAGUAUCCUCAGGAAAAUGAUUUCAGUUCUUUUGUUUCGAAACAUGGUGGGUCUGAUAACGCUUCAACUGGAUACGAGGAGACAACAUUUUACUUUGAAAUUCAAGAAAAACAAUUAUUUUCCGCGUUAGAUCGCUUUGCUCAAUUUUUCAUAAGCCCUCUGAUGAAAAGAGAUGCCAUUACCCGUGAACGUGAAGCGAUUGAAAGUGAAUUCCAAAUGGCCCUACCAUCUGAUUUUUACCGAAAGGAGCAACUAUUUUGUAGUUUGGCCCAACCCGGUCAUCCAGCGUCUAAAUUUGCUUGGGGAAAUCUAAUUACCUUAAGGGAUAAUGUCGUGGAUGACAAAUUGUACGAAGAACUUCACAAAUUCAGAGAGAGACAUUACAGUGCUCAUAGAAUGACUUUAGCCUUACAAGCCAGGUUACCUCUGGAUACAUUAGAACAAUACGUAAAGGAUUGCUUUUCAACUGUACCGAAUAAUAACUUACCACCCGAAGAUUUCAGCAGAUUCAAGGGAACCCAAUCAUUUGAAACGCCUGACUUCAAAAGGAUAUAUAAAAUUAAACCAGUUAAAGAUGUCUGUCAGGUAGAGCUAACAUGGGCUUUGCCUUCUUUGCAUCAUUUGUACAAGAGUAAACCUCACCAGUAUGUUUCCUGGAUUAUCGGUCACGAGGGAAAAGGAUCUUUAAUAAGCUACUUGCGCAAGAAAAUGUGGUGCCUGGAUAUUUUCAGCGGCAACGGAGAGAGUGCGUUUGAGCAUACUUCCUUGUAUGCUUUGUUUAGUUUAUCGUUGGUGCUGACAGAGGAUGGGCAUAAGCACUUAAAGGAGGUUUUGGAUGCCGUAUUUUCGUAUAUUAAGUUGAUGUGUAAAUCUGGACCACAGAAGCGGAUUUACGAUGAAAUUCAUCAGACUGAAGAAAAUAGUUUCAGAUUCACAGACGAAAUAUCUGCCGUAGAUUACGUUGAGAAUUUGUCAGAAAGUAUGCGUUUAUAUGCAUCAACUGAUUAUAUAACCGGCAGUGACUUGUACUUUGAAUACAAUCCAGAGGGUAUUAAAGCUUGUAUGGAUGCUUUAACUCCAGACAAUGUGAAUAUAGUACUGUUUGAUAAGAAGUUCAAUGACUCUGAAUUUGAUAAAGUGGAACCAUGGUUCAACACGAAAUAUACGGAUACAGAGAUACCAAAUGACUGGAUUGAGCACUGGAAAACUAUUGAGCCGUUACCAGAAUUCCAUUUACCUGAACCCAAUAUAUUCCUUACAGACGAUUUUACCUUAGUUCCAUUGCCAGAAGAUGUACCCAAGUAUCCAACGAAAAUACACAGUGAUCCUAUGUCUGAAGUUUGGUUUAGACCAGAUCCAAAGUUCAAAAUUCCAGAAUGCUAUAUGUAUUAUUACUUUAUAUCACCAUUGGCAUUAACUUCUCCUGAAAAUGCGGCGUUGAUGGACUUAUUAGUCACGAUAUUGAAACAAUUACUGGUCGAAGAACUUUAUCCUGCAAAUGCUGCUGAACUUAAUUAUUUAAUUUAUACAGGCGACAAGGGUAUUAUUGUCAAAGUAAACGGAUUCAAUCAAAAAUUGCCGCUCCUACUUGCUACAAUAACAAAAUACAUAGCUGACUGCCCAAAUUUAGCAACACAAAGUAUGUUUGACGUUAUGAAAGCUGAGCAGCUAAAGGUCUACUACAAUACGUUUUUGAAGCCUGGGAAACUUGUAAAAGAUGUGAGGCUGUCUAUUUUGAUGCUCGUACAUUGGGCAGCUGUAGACAGACAUGCAGCAGUUUCUGGUAUUGAAUUUCAACAAUUCCAAACAUUUGCCAAGGAAUUUACUCGCAACAUUUAUAUACAAUGUCUUGUACAAGGAAACAUUACGGAUGAAGAUGUCAUUAACCACACGCGCAAUUGUCUUGAGAUUCUACAAUGUCAAUCAUUAUUGCCAGACACUAUGCCUCAACUGAGAGUAGCUCAAAUACCUCUUGGAGUCCGGUGUUGUAGGGUGAAAAAUUUUAACACGACUGAUACAAACUCAGUGGUAACUAAUUAUUACCAAUCUGGAAUCGGGUCUACCAAGAUUUCCGUCAUUAUUGAAUUACUAAUAAUGUUAAUGGAAGAGCCUCUCUUUAAUCAGCUUCGAACGCAAGAGCAAUUGGGCUACAAUGUUUUUUGCCUCAUGCGCGAUACGUUCGGUAUUCUCGGUUAUUCUAUCACCGUUUGCACGCAAGCCGACAAAUUUACCACCGAGCACGUAGACGAAAGGAUAGAAACAUUUAUAAAAUCGUUCUUGAAAGUCUUAAACAAGAUGUCUGAAAAAGAACUAAACAAUAUUAAAGUUGCUUUAGUGAAACUAAAGCAAUGUGUAGACCUUCAUUUAAAAGAAGAAGUUAAUCGAAAUUGGGCUGAAAUUACGUCUAGAGAUUACAUGUUUGACAGACAGGAUAAAGAAAUCAGUGCAGUAAACAGCACAAAAAUUGUCGAGCUUAGAAAAUGGAUGGAAAAUCACGUAUUAGGUGGAAAUAAUCUUAGAAAAUUGAGCGUUCAAGUUGUUGGUAACCCACGAGAGAAGAAAGAAAUUGAAAAUGAGUCUGGUGAACAAAUUGAGGUAGUGAGGAAUGCUGAAGAAAAUAAGCGAAUGAAUGGGACAUCCAAGAAUGGUAUCGCCAAAUCACGUGAUUCUUUUGUGGAGAAUAAAAGUGAUUCUAAAUUCCCGUUGGAGUUUUUGACAAACCUAACAAAUGACAAGACGAUCAAACCACCUGAGUAUUAUAUUACAGACAUUGUGGGCUACAAGAAAAAUCUUCACGUAUAUCCAGCCAAUCGCAAUGCCAAAUAACGAUAGGCUAUUUAUUCCGGGGAAAUAAUAUUAUAAAAAUGUGAGGAAAUUUUUCCCAUGAAUUGAAUGUUGGUAGAAAAGAAAACAAUUCAUACAAAAAAUAGAAUCAUUGUUUGUUAACGACUGCUGCUAUCCGAUUCGUAAUAAUUUAUGUAAAUUACGAAAAGAAUUCAUUCUAAAUAACAAUCUGUAAUGCGGCUCAGA